AUGUCCAUGAAGGCACUGGAACAAAAUGCUGCACGCAUUUGCGUUGCACUUGAGUGCUACGUUCAAACCGAACAGUGUCGGACACCGGUGCUCGCCUGUGGCAUUUCGUACCUUCCACCUUGUGGCGCUAUUGAAUACUUUACAGCUAUAGGAUACUCACUUCACCGUCGCACUUGUCGCUCUGCGACUCAUAUACGCACCGUGAACGGCAGUGAAAUGCAAGUGAAAUAUGUACUCGGCGAUGCCGUCAAAGCACAGCAUAAAGAAUUCCAGGGUGUCUUUGCGGACUGCCUAAUCACCUAUCUCUUGUGCUACUACCAUGUAGUUGUAAAAAUGUGCGAACGUACGCGCGGCUUAAGCUCGGAGCUGUCUGAGAUAGUGUGCAUAGGCAUGUACGACUUGCACUUCUCUAACAAUGAGACAGAUUAUGCCGAGCGGAAGGCAUCAAUGCUUGGAUCGUAG